AUGCUUCUGUGCCUAGGCAUGUGCUUUGUCGCCGGCGGCAUGCGAAGAGACGAGGCCGAGUUCAGUGAGACUGUCAGUGAAGCUGGAACUGGUCUUCUCUUUACAGCAGGCGUCACCUUGGCCGUUCCAGCCGUCUUCAGUUACUCCAUGGCCUCAUCUCUCACUGUCAAGCAACUUGAAGACAAAACAAUCCACAUAUCGCGGGUCGUCUCUGUUUUGCAGGUAAUAGCUUACGCCGUCUUCGUUUAUUUUCAAGCCCGCACGCACCACGGCAUCUACGCCAUCUUUGAGAAGGACGAGCAACGUGAACACAAGAGCUGUGAGCAUGUCAAUAAGCCCAAGCUUACUCUAACCGAAUGCAUUAUUGGUCUUGCAGUAUCCAUUACGCUUGUAACGUUCAUGGCAAUUUACCUCGUUGAGCAAAUCCAUACCAUUGUUACGAAACACAGCGUCGUCUCAGACCACCUUAUGGGCUUGAUUCUUGUACCCCUGGUUGAAAAGGCAGCCGAGCACCUAACGGCCGUCAAUGAGGCUUGGGAUAACCAGAUGAACUUUGCGCUAUCCCACGUGCUAGGCGCGACGCUGCAAACAGCGUUGCUGAACGGCCCGCUCAUUGUCAUUGUUGCCUGGGCACUGGAUAAGCAGAUGGACAUUGUGUUUGAGGUAUUCGACAUCACCAUGCUUAUUCUUGCUAUAUUAACUGUGGGGAACUUCCUACACGAUCAGAAGUGCAACUACCUUGAGGGUUUCCUUUGCAUUAUUGCCUAUCUCGCCAUUGCAGCUGCAGCUUACAACUACCCAAACCCGGAAGGCGUAGAGUGCCUCAUCAAGGGCAUAAACUAUUGGAAGUUCCAUGAGUCCAUAGCCUUCAGGCGCCGACAAGUCAUGCUGCACAUGCCUGCCGAGUAA